GAACCCCGCGGCCAGCGGCGGGGGUUAGCGAGCGCUGAGUGAGCGGCGGAGGACGCGGACCUAACUGCUGCAGGCGUUGUGGACAAAAGGCGGGACGCCUGGGUUUUGGGGAGUAGUGGGGGUGGAAAGGAGGGAACAGAAGGGCGGGGCUGAGCGCGCACGCGCGAGGAUGUGAAAAUGGCGGAGCUGCAGAUGCUGCUGGAGGAGGAGAUCCCGGGAGGGCGCCGGGCCCUUUUCGACAGCUACACCAACCUCGAACGGGUGGCCGAAUACUGCGAGACCAACUACAUCCAGUCACCAGAUAAACAACGGGCUCUAGAAGAAACCAAAGCAUACACUACUCAGUCCUUAGCUAGUGUAGCCUAUCUGAUCAACACUUUGGCAAAUAAUGUUCUCCAAAUGCUGGAUAUCCAGGCAUCCCAGCUUAGGCGAAUGGAAUCGUCAAUCAACCACAUUUCCCAAACAGUUGAUAUACACAAGGAAAAAGUGGCUAGAAGAGAAAUUGGCAUCUUGACUACAAACAAAAACACUUCAAGAACUCACAAGAUCAUUGCACCAGCCAACUUGGAGCGACCUGUUCGUUAUAUCAGGAAACCUAUUGAUUAUACAAUUCUUGAUGAUAUUGGACAUGGGGUAAAGGUUAGCACGCAGAAUAUGAAAAUGGGUGGUCUGCCUCGUACCACACCACCCACACAGAAACCGCCCAGUCCACCAAUGUCAGGGAAAGGAACUAUUGGGCGUCACUCUCCCUAUCGCACACUGGAGCCAGUGCGUCCUCCAGUGGUACCAAAUGACUAUGUACCUAGCCCUACCCGUAAUAUCGCUCCCUCGCAGCAGAGCCCUGUUAGAACAGCUUCUGUGAAUCAGAGGAAUCGCACUUACAGCAGCAGUGGAAGCAGUGGAGGUAGCCACCCCAGCAGUAGGAGCAGCAGUCGAGAGAACAGUGGGAGUGGAAGUGUCGGCGUCCCUAUUGCUGUCCCUACUCCAUCCCCUCCCAGCGUGUAUCCAGCCCCUGCCAGUUCUGCUGGUACUUCUCCUCUUCCUGCUACUUCUGCCUCUGCUUCUGCCCCUCUCACUCCUGCUACUGCCCCAUCCUCUGCUACCCCAGAUGUUGCUGCUGCUGCAGGGGUUCAGCCCCUUGCUGAUGGCUUCACUUCUCCAACUCCCCCUGCUGCCUCUUCCAAUCCCUCUUCAGGUCAUCCUGUUCAGUUCUACAGCAUGAACAGACCUGCUACUCGGCACACACCUCCAACAAUAGGGGGCUCUUUGCCAUAUAGGCGCCCUCCAUCCAUCACUUCACAGAACAGCCUUCAAAGCCAGGUCAACGGAGGACCGUUUUAUAGCCAGAAUCCAGUGUCUCUUGCACCACCUCCUCCCUCCAUCCUACAAGUAACUCCUCAGUUACCAUUAAUGGGAUUUGUGGCCAGAGUUCAGGAAAACAUUUCAGACACACCUCCCCCUCCACCCCCAGUAGAUGAAGCUGUUUUUGAUGAAUCUCCACCGCCACCCCCUCCUCCAGAGGAUUAUGAAGAAGAAGCAGCUGUGGUGGAAUACAGUGAUCCUUAUGCUGAAGAGGAUCCACCAUGGGCACCAAGGACCUAUUUGGAGAAAGUUGUGGCAAUUUAUGAUUACACUAAAGACAAGGAAGAUGAACUUUCCUUUCAGGAAGGUGCCAUCAUCUACGUCAUUAAGAAAAAUGAUGAUGGAUGGUAUGAAGGUGUGAUGAAUGGAGUAACUGGACUCUUCCCUGGAAACUAUGUAGAGUCCAUCAUGCACUACUCAGAAUGAAGACCAUUAUGGCGAGACAGAACCAAGAGAUUGUUGAGCUGCCCAGGUCCCAUAGGCAGCUUGGGGGGCACCUGGGCACCUGAAGGAAGGAUCAUUAUACAAAACCACUCCUCUUUCCUUUUUAUAAAAUGGUGAUUUGAAUUAUUUUGAAGAAUGGCUCUUCCAUUUGCCAGCAGCGACCAAACUGAAUGACCAAUAUUAAUGAGCUGACUGAUCAACAUGUAGAUAUAGAGAUGUAAUGAACUUGCCAGUAAAGGGAUCCAUUACUCAAAUUGAGACUCAUUCAGUCAAAAUAUGGGAUUUUUUUUCCCCUCAGGAAUACCAUGGGGCAUGGUAUUGGGGCAUCUUGGAUGUUAGUGCUGGUCUGCCAUCUCUUUCCCCCUCCUUAUUCUGCACAUAUUACUGUUGAAUAUGUGUUAUUGUAGUGGCAAACAUUCUGAGAUUACACACCAGCUUGGUUCCUUGCAUCUCUAAUACAGCAAUUCUGCAAUUGUUUCACACUUAUAGCUUGAUCUAGGCUUGUAAGGAGCUGUUUCAUUUCUUCUUACAGACAGAGAUAAUCUCCCAAUAUAUUGAGACUUCCAAGUCAUAAACUGGGCCUCUUUUGUAUCAUUCAGUUAUUUUUAAGAUGUUGGACUAAAGAUAAUGAAGGAUGAUAAAGCUUGACAUUUUAGAAAUGGCCUCUGUCCUUCUUAUAUAGCAGCCCUAUUCAGCCCUCAGUAUGCAAAAUAUUUAUGAAAUGGUUAAACCUGCCCUCUUGAUAGUGUUCAAAAAUGCUUUCAGUCAGGCUUUAGCCCUGAUUGUUGUUACAAAGGCUGACAGCAGUCUUCUAAAAUUACCUCAUGUUUCAUAAUUUGGGAGUUAGAAAGGGACAUGUAUUUUAUAGAGAAAGGCUUUGAAUUGAUUAGCCUGCUUCAGUUAACUAUAGCCUGUCCAACUCAGAAUAAGUGUGUACUAUGAGACUGGCCAUUUGUUCUAUUUCAGAUUUUGAUACAUACCAUAAGGGAAUUGUGAAACCAGACAAAUAUUGCCCAAAGAUUUCCAAGGGCUGUUGGUUUUCUUUGAAUGCUAAUUUAAAACUGGCAAAAGUAUAAGCUGCUUUUUCUCCCACCAGUAAAUAUAUGGGUGAUUUUCCAACAUGGGAAUGAAAAUCUACUAUAAUGUCUGUAGGCACUUUAGCAACAAGCUAGAGGAUAUCACAGUAUGUUUAUUUUUGUUAUCCAGCAAUCAUGGAGCUAUCAGAAUCGGGCAUGAAGUGAGGGGGAAGGUGUGAACUCUUUUCUAUACUGUAGACCACAGUUCUUAUGAAACUUGCUUUUGCUUAGCUGCUGAUAGCAGCUGAAUUGGGGGGAUUAUAAGAAGGACCAGAAGGGUUUUAUAUUAGCUCCGUAGUGUAUUGUGAGAAGUUAAGUUUAUAUGCCACAAUCCCAGUCCAAUUCUUCGCUGCUGAUUAACAUAAUAAAAGUUUUCCCAUAUACAAGAAUAAGAUAUUUCUUUUUAAGGCAUUGCAAGCAUUUCAUACUUCUUACUCUUAGUUGGUUUUCUGGGUAUAUUGUUCAAUAUAUUGUUCAGUAAUCAUGUGCUUGGAAUACUGAUUGUAGUGGUCAGCCUUCCUUUCUCACAUAAGCUAGCCAUGAAUUUACUAAACAUUUUCUGAGUAACACAGAUUAUGUUGGUAUAGCUUCCUAUGUUGCUUGUUUGUGCCAUUAAUAAACUCAGGUGCUACAAAAAGUCAUUAACUUUGCAUCAAUUGUUGUAGCUCCCAUUAGUAGGACUGCUAAUGAGAUCCAGGUUCCUUCAAAGAUUACUGUUUCAAAGCUUGAGACCCAUUGUGAUGUCACUGGCACCCCCCCCCCCAAAAAAGAUAAAAGCUGCUUCUCCUUUUUAAUGAUGUUAAUAUUGCAGAGGUACAGAGGAGUUCAGUUGCAUUCUGGGACCAUCAGUUUGCCUUUACUGGCGCAACCCCCCCCCCCCCCAAACAGAUGCCAGUGCUUAUAGUAUAAAGAUCACUUGAGGACUGGCUUGUUUGAAGGCAUCCAGAUUUGAUUUGUCUAAGAGGGAUGGGUAAAGCUGGAUAUAUCUGUAGAUGAUGGAAUACUGGAGCCAGCUUCUUGCAUAAACACUAGAUCUCCAAUUGAGAGUAUGAGUUAUGAGAGCCUGAUCUGUUAGGACAAAGGGUAGAUUUCUACAAAGGACCAAGCAUGAUGGGUAUGCACAUAGCUUUUACUGUGUAAUAUCUUAAUGUGUGGUGUAAUAGUAUACAGUCUUGAGACACAACUUACUAUAUGAAGAUGGGAAUGCAGCCUCCAUCAAUAUGCUUAUUUUAAGUGGCUGCCACUGCUCCAUGGGGACCCAGGUAAGAUAAGACUCUGCUCUGAGAAGUUGAAAAUGCAACUGUAGUACUUGUUUGGAGUUUUGGAGUAGGAUUCUGCUUCAAAUAUCAUUCAUCAGUGGCGCCCUGCUUUCUCCUGAGUUUUGCAGAGCCUGCCAAGAGGGUGAACAAAAGAGAUCAGGGAUUGUUCUGGACAAAUUUUGUGGAGUUACUUGGGCUCAGUUCUGAAAAACUAAGCAAAGUUAACAUUUGCCCAUUUAAACAUAUUGGGUGUUGUGCCUGCAGUCUAUGAACUGUGUUGCAAACAAUUUCUUUAGAAUGGAAAACCUGAGCCACAGCUGAUUAGGAAAGCAACAAGCUGGAGGAUAUACAGAACACAGCUUAUUCAAAUUUCCUCCCAAUUUUUCAUAUUCUGCUUUUUUGCCAUUAUUGAUGCAGUUAUUGUCUGGUACCAUGCUUUUUAUGGUUUCAUCAACUUCUGCAGAGUGCUUUGCCCACCACCAUAGUCUUAUUUUCUUUUUUCAGAAACAGAUUGCCUUAACAAUCCUUCACAUGUGGUGUCUUUCUCUGCUGUUCUGGGAAAUUGUAGAAAAGACUGCUGUUACGCCUGGAGCUCUGAUGUUGAAAAGUCAGUAAUGUGAAGUCUUAACUCUGUCCCUUUGCAAGACCUAAACCACCAAAUUUUAUUCCUAGAACAAAUAGAAGUUGGAUGAUGA